AUGGCGUUCUCAAAGCUUGCCGUGCCGACCGCUCGCCACACCUCGAGAACGUAUCGGCAUAGCAUUCGAACCUACGAUUUCUUCUCCUCCAGACCUCCGCGGCCGAGGUUUUUCGCACACAAAACCUCGUUGUUAGUGGUGGCACGACCGAUUCUGCGCCCGCAGCUGCCUUUUCUGUAUCCGUCCUCUCGCGGCAACACGCUCCAAAAGUCCGUCGGACGAUUCAUCUCCACCGAACGCAAACAACGCUGGAAGGAACAAUUCUGGCGCUACGUCCGCAUCAACGCCUACCUCUGGCCCGCAGCUCUCCUGCUUACCGUUCUGUCGAUGGGCAUGGUGCACACGAAGUUGGAACGGGACUAUCCCACUCCCGGAGAUUGGUCAUUUUGGAGUCGGUGGUGUAUGCGCGAGGCAAAAUUUACCGAGCUUGCAGACGGCGCCAAGGUGAACCAAAUCCUGACGGAUUGGGCAAAAGCUGGUCGGUUAUAUCUGAACGUCCUCGAGCGGUUGGAGAAUGAAAAGGUGGACGGGCAGUUCCUCAUCAAGCACACGGAAACGGAGCCGUCACCUGCGGACACAACUGAGGGGUUUAAUGUGAAUGCGAAGAGCGAGCCGUGGCGGCGAGGGUAUCACGAAGCUCUGAUGGGUGCUGCACGAGUAGCUGAACACCUGGAGGGCAUGUGCAAGCUGAAAGGCGACGAAGGAGGUCGGGUGUAUCCCUGGGAAAGCAUUCCUUCACCCAGCAAUCCACGCCCAAAGCCACUUCCAUAUGACAGGAAGCACGGCCAUAUCAGUCCACCGCCUGCGGAGGAAGUGGAAGACGCUUUCCCCCCUCCAUCUGUUUUCUACGAGAAGAUCUUGAACACGGUUGGCUUCGAUACGCGGCAACGAUUGGAGGCAGCUCUGGCCUACGCCGAUUGGUGUGAUUUCAAGGGAAACAACACUGCAGCUGAGGGCCUGUACGUCAAAGCCGCAGAGAUUGCUCAAACGGGUUUGCCGACGGGAACCGCAGACGUGAUUGACACGCAGACGGGAAUGAUUCUCAAAGGGCGAGAAGAUGCCGUAAGCGAAAACAUCCUGCGAGUCAGCACUGCCUUUGGAGUUCAUCAUGUCAAAGACGGGAACGUCAAGAAAGCCCUCCCGGUAUUUCUCAGCGUCCUCCGAGCGAGAAAGACUCUGCCUGCAUCUCCUCUUGGCCCAGCCAUUGCGCCAUCAAGAGUCAAAGUCGAGAAGGAUGAAGGCUGGCUGUCUUAUGUGUAUGCUCUGAAAGAUUUACUGGUUGAGAGGCCAUAUCCUCCACCUCCAGCUACAGGCAACGAAAGACCAUAUCACACAUUGAAGGAAGCUUGCGAAGAAGUAGGACUCAUGACAUAUAUCGGUGAGAUCCUUUUUGCCACAAGUGAUAGCGAGCGAGCAAAAGGCCUCAGCUGGACUAGAGACAGCGUCGAAGCUGCCGAAGCGAUUAUGUGGGUAAUGGACGAACAAAAGGAGCAAGAUGGAAGGGAUCGAUGUCGCGAGUGUUUGGAAACCGGACUCCAGAACUGGAAAGCUAUGUCUCAACAGAUGGCACGACUUGCGGCCAAGAAGGAACAGGAAAUUGAGAGCGGCAAGGGCCUCUUCGGGCUCGGUCUGGGCAGAACACAACAGCUUGAAAAGGCUCGAACCGAAAGGAGGAGAUGGGAUGAGGAGAAUCUACAGGUUGAACUGCGGAGGCAGAAGACUCUACCGCUCCUUCAGGAGCCCUUGCAGCCCAUUUCUGGAGGUUGGCUAUCCACUCGCGUUUUUUCCGGCCCAUCAACCCUGCGGCGUCGCUGCCGCCCUGACACCAUCACCGGCUCCUCUCCUCCACCUUCUCCUAAUGUCAACGACCUCGAAGCCGGCGAGGUCAGGAUGGAGUUUCGUCCGGUGCCUCUGCGCGUGCUGCUCAAGCGCCGCUUCAUCCAGCUCCUCCUACUCUUCUUCGUGGCCUGGUUCUUCCUAUGCAAGUUGACUCAUUACGGCUUGUUGUCCGGUCGAUUCCUUGGUCUCUCUGCAUGUAUCAAUGUCGAAUUCGGCUACAAUCCAUCCACCGCCUCCCUCCCAGCUUUUGAGCCGCCAGAAAACUCCACCUACCGAGCACCAGACACAAUCGACACCUUUCAAAACUACGCCUGGCGAAAUCAUAGCGAAUGUCAAAUUUCCUCUCUCGACUUACACUCUGCCUUUUCUCCCUUGUGUGCUACACGGAAGGACUUCUUACAGGCCUUCUCGGGCGGUGGAAGGAUCGGUUUCAAUCGACCUUUUAUUCCACUCGGGUGUGAUAUGCGCUGGUUCACUACAGAAGAGGUCUGCGAGAUUUUCUCUCGAUUCGAAAAGGUCAUUGUUGUGGGUGACAGCAUGAUGAGACACGUGGUGGGAGCGUUGAAUGUGCUUUUACGCAAAGAUCUCGGAUACGGAGCAGUGACAAAUUGGAACUUUGAUGACCAGGAACUGCGUGAAUGCUUUUGCAACCACCAGAUGGACGUUAAAUCGUGUUCUGUACAGGGAAUAUUCUCCACCUCGUCGGUCCUCGAGCACGACCUGUCGAGCUUGGCCUGUCCGAGCGAGAGCCCCAUAGACCUGGUCAUCGAGAUGAUGCUCCGGUUUCCUCUCGACAAUGAAGAAGUCAACCGGUACAAGGGCCUGCUGUCGCCCACCAAACCCGGCAAACCCUAUGCAUUCAUCUUCGGCCACGGCCUGUGGAACGACCUCGACCUCCAAGCCACGAUGAACUGGCUGGACGGCAUUCUGGACCACACGCUCCUCCAAGCCCCGUACCUGUCGGCAGUGAACAAACGACACGCCCACUCCAUCUGGCCGCGCCUCUUCAUCACGCCCAACGCCGCGGGCGUCAGGAAACCGGAUGAGUGGCUGGUCAGCCAGGGCGACAAGGCCCUGAUGAUCUUCGAGGAGAGCGUGCGUAAUGAAGCCGCCAAGAGAGGCGUCGAGGCCAUGGGCACCUGGAACAUGAGCGUGCAAUCGUCCAAAUACGACGGCGUUCACCUGGACCUGAAGGGCAAUCUGGUCAAGGCCAUGGGGGUGGUUAAUUGGUUGAAUCUGGUGGACGUGCACGCGUGGUGA